AUGGAAUUUAAUAACACAUCGGCUUUGGCUGACGCCGCAGGCGUUGUCAGGGCCUCCUCCGGUGCCUCUGGUAUUGCUACCCAGGUACUCUCAUUAUGGAAUUCCCUCAGUUGGUGGCAGGUAAUUACUACCGUAAUUAUUUCUGUCCUUGCUUAUGACCAGAUUAUGUACCAGAUCAGAAAAGGUAGCAUUGCUGGUCCCAAAUUCAAGUUCUGGCCAAUCAUUGGCCCCUUCUUGGAGUCGUUGGACCCCAAAUUCGAGGAGUACUUGGCUAAGUGGAACUCGGGCCCAUUGUCAUGUGUGUCCAUUUUCCAUAAGUUUGUGGUGAUUGCCUCCACCAGAGAACUUGCAAGAAAAAUCUUAUCUUCGCCCAAAUACGUCAAGCCCUGUGUGGUGGACGUGGCUAUCAAGAUCCUUAGACCCACCAAUUGGGUGUUCUUGGAUGGAAAGGAACAUGUAGACUAUAGAAAGUCGUUGAACGGCUUGUUUGUGCGUAAAGCCUUGGAAAUCUACAUCCCUGUGCUUGAGAAGUACAUGGACAAGUACCUUGAAAUCUUCUGCAACUAUGAUGGCCCAAGGGAGUUCUUCCCCGAGUUUAGAGAGUUGAUGUGUGCUUUAUCGCUCAGAACUUUCUGCGGUGACUACAUCACCGAGCCCCAGAUCAAGCUUAUCGCCGACAACUACUACAAAGUCACCGCUGCUUUGGAGUUGGUCAACUUCCCAAUCAUCAUUCCUUACACCAAGACCUGGUACGGUAAGAAGAUUGCUGAUGACACCAUGAAGAUCUUUGAGAAGUGUUCUGAGCAGGCCAAGAUCCACAUUCAAAACGGCGGUUCUCCAACCUGUGUGAUGGAUGAGUGGAUCUACUUGAUGAAGCAGGCUCGUGAUAACCACAAGGAAGAUCCUGAGUCGAAGUUAUUGAUCAGAGAAUUUUCCGACAGAGAGGUUUCUGAGGCCAUUUUCACCUUCUUGUUUGCAUCCCAAGACGCUUCGUCUUCGUUGGCUUGUUGGUUGUUCCAGAUUGUGGCUGACCGUCCAGACGUUCUUGCCAAGAUCAGAAAGGAGCAGUUGGAGGUGAGAAACAACGACCCUCUGAAGAGAUUGGACCUUGACUUGAUUAACAGCAUGAGCUUCACUAAUAACGUUGUCAAGGAAUCUUUGCGUUACAGACCACCAGUUUUGAUGGUUCCAUACGUUGUCAAGCAGCCAUUCCCUGUCACCCCAGAGUACACCGCUCCAAAAGGCUCCAUGCUCAUUCCAACCUUGUAUCCAACCUUGCACGACCCAGAAGUUUACCCCGACCCAGACACGUUUAUCCCCGAGCGUUGGGAAAACCCAACCGCUGACAUGGAAAAAAGAAGUUGGUUGGUUUUCGGCUCUGGUCCACAUGUUUGUUUGGGCCAGCAGUACGUGAUGAUGUUGUUCACUGGAUUGUUGGGUAAGUUUGCCUUGUUCUCCAACCUCAAGCAUCAUGUUACCCCAUUGUCUGAGGAGAUCAAGGUGUUUGCAACCAUUUUCCCUAAGGACGAUCUCAUUUUGGAGUUUGAGAAGAGGGAUCCAUUGGCUGCAAACUAG